GUUAGUUCUGUAAGGGAAAUCCCUCGCAAAAAAACUUUAAUUUGGAGCAACCCGUUCAGGCCUUCCGUCGUGAGAUGAGAACAUGGAACUAUUAUGGAUGAGAACCAUGGACCAGAGAAUGCCUGGAACGAUGAGAUGAGGACUUCCGCUCCUGAACAACAGGCGGCGGUGCUGCUCUCCUCAACACUCUACCACAAAACAAGAAGCCAGGAGGACAUUAGUUCCCACUACAGUCUCCUGAAAACAAAGACAGCUUAUUCUGUCUUAAAGGGGUUUUAACCAAUACAAAAACGACACAUGGUUUAGUUUACUGAACUUGACAUAUUUGGCGAAUGGCCUGGGAUAAAUACAACGUUUAAAGUAGUUUUUUUCUUUUACGUCUAGUGUGUUUUUGGACACAAUAAUGUCGUCUCCCGUGGAUUUCCACUCGCAGAUCGCCUCCAUCAUAGAGGUCUUGGCUAACGCGGCCGUGGCCGAGAUCUGCAAGGUUGUGGACGACGGAUAUGCUGUCGUUCAUCUCGAGGUGUCUCAGAACCAGAAGGAAAACGACUUUCUCCGCAGGAAGGUCCGACUCCUGGAGAUGCAGGUCGCUAAGUACCGGGCGGAGAGAAUGAAGGGACCCGAGGGGACAGCCCGUUUCCCUGGCUCCCGCAUUCUGGGAAGACCGCACCGUGAAGCCCUGGCAGGUCCGUUCCCCCAGGGCCGGCUUCGGGGGCUGGGCCGCUGCCAGAAGACCCCCCCCUUACCCCGGGACCAGGACCCCCACCAGCAGGUCGUGACCUCCACCAAGAUGGAGGUUGUGGAGGCGGAGCCUUUGAGGAUCGUGAAGGUGGAGGGGGCGGAGCCUAGCGAGUCAGACCACACCUCCAACAGACCAGACGCCGGCUCGGGGCCGACGCCCUUUGCUGGACCCGAGGAGCCGCGCAGCCAAUCGGAGGGGCGGGCCCUGAGUCUAGGGACCCCCUGCAGUCGGACUGAUCCUGGUGCUGCCUUUACACCUCCUGAGAACGCCAGUCCUGGAGCACUCUGGAAAGGCCAACAUGGCGGACAGGAAGACGACCAGCAGCCAUCUUGUUCCUCUCAGAUGUUCCGGGAAGCUCCGCCCCCCGAUGGCCGCAGCCCCGGAGGCUCCAAACAGGAAGUCAUCCUGAUCGGUGCGCUUCAGGACCUGACGGAAGCCGGUGGCGGCGAUGACGUUGCGUUGCCGUGGGUACGCGGCGGUAACCGCCCCCCCGGGGACCUGCUGCUCGCGGCCGACGGCUCGUACGGCGGGCCCUUCCACCACGGCCCCCCCCGUUGGCCGGACGCCAUUGCGCCUCCCGCAGGCGCCUACCCUCCGUCGGCCCAUCACGGCACAAACCCUCCGCCGUCGGCCCGACGCCACGCGGAGGCGGGGCCAAACGGCGACCUGCGGCCCCCGCGGCAGGCUCCGGGGGGACCCGGGGGGCCCGAGAGGCCGCACCGGUGCCCCCAGUGCGGGAAGAGCUUCGGACAGCUGUCGGGGCUGAAGAGGCACCUGAUGGUGCACACGGGGGAGCGGCCGUUCCGCUGCGCCCACUGUGGGAAACACUUCUCCACCUCCAACAACCUGAAGGUGCACCAGAGCGUCCACACCGGGGAGAAACGCUUCCAGUGCUCCCAGUGUGGCAAGAAGUUCUCCUUUCUCAGCAACCUCAUCCGACACCAGGCCAUCCACAACACCACCCAGAGCUCCUAGACACCACCCACAGCUCCACCUAGGCACCACUCACAGCUCCACCUAGAAAACCCCCUGAAAACCAUCUAGAGCCCCCCCUGAGCUCCACCACAACACCACCAUCUAGACACCGGCCCGAAGUCUAGAAACACACAGCUGAUUGGAUUUAGACUUGUGUGUUAUGACGCGUUUCCUCUGCAGGGUGCGGUACGGUUCGGUUCGCCUCAGUCCGGUAGGGAGGGGGCGGUAUAGCCCAGCUCAGUUCCGAGGUCGCGUUUCCACCGCCGACAGUACCCUUUAUGGUAGGCCGGAUGUCGAUCGCCGCGGCAGCUACGUAAACAACAUGACAUCAUAGCAGCGCGACACAGUGUAGCCUGCUCAAUAAAAACAAUGGAAAAGUUGAACGCGACACAUUAAACCAAGAGCUACCUCUGCACGUCUUCCUCCCCAAGAAUGCAGAGGAACGUCUCCACCUCCUUGUUCACCCAAGCAAGCGUUUUACGUGACAUGUUCAUUGUAAACAAUGAUACCUCGAGGCUACUGUUUGUUUGUUUUUAUCCCCACAUCGCCCGGAAGUGACGAUUCUGUCGACCAAUCAACGGAGGGGGUGUGUAGCUCGAAUUUUCCUGCACCCUUUCAGGCGUCUCAGUACCCCAACGGAGGAGUACUGAAGAUGGGGGGCAAAAUGAGUACGGAUCAGUCCGGGUCACGCCCACUUUUGGCGGUGGAAACGCAAUCCGUACCGCACCUUUGCGAACCGAACCGUACCGCACCCUGCGGUGGAAACGCGGCAUUAUUGGCCUCACCCAACAGGGUCCAGCCCUGACCCUUAAGAUGCCAUGGAGGACUGGUGCACAUGAGUGAAACGUUGCUGCUGUGAACUUGGCACACUGCAAUGUAAUGUUCUUACUAAUCACAGAUGACUGAAGAUGCCAGUGCCUCAAUCGGUUGUUCAGUCAAACAAUAAACCAAAUUUUAAAA